UCGCGGCCCGCGGACGAAACGACCGUCGGUGGGUGCCUCUCGAGUGCUGCGACACCACGUGGGUUCAGGUGGCUCGGCCAGCAUGACCUUUGAACCGGCAAAGACGAGCGCCGCAAGCGGUUGACAUGACACCCAGCCUCCUCCUCCUCUUCCUCCUCGGCCUGGUGAAUGGAGGAGCGGGGCAGCAGGGGGCCGGGGGGCGGCAGGUGUACACGCUGGGCUACAUCACGGGGUCACGGCGCCGCCCCUGGGACAAGGAGUACCCCCGCCCAGGACUGCAGAUCUCCGGCGCCAUCAGCCUCGCGCUCGCCGAGCUUAACGCCCCAGCUAAUCCAGGGGUUGACCAGGGCGGCUCGAUGUGGCGGCGGGGCAUCCAUCUGGAGAUGCUGGUGGCGGAGACGUACGGGGAAGAGCAGACGAGCAUCCUGCGGACGGCGGCCUUGUGGUCGCGCAACGUCACCGCCUUCAUCGGCCCCCAGGAGAGCUGUCUGCACGAGGCCAGGAUGGCCGCCGCUUUCAACCUGCCCAUGAUCUCCUACUUUUGCACGGACCAGCAGACGUCAAACAAGCGUCUCUUCCCGACCUUCGCGCGCACCAGGCCACCGGACACGCACAUCUCCAAGUCGGUGGUGGCAGUGCUGAAAGCCUUCAACUGGACCACGGUGAGCAUCUUGCACCUUGCAGCUGAGGACACUCAGUUUAGUCAAAUCGCGGACACUCUGGAAGUGGAGUUAAGGAGUGCAAACGUGGCCGUCUCAUCCAGACUGAGCUGGGACAUGCCCUACCACCACGGGUACUCGGACAACCCCUUCCACCAAAUCGUGCUCGACACCUACAAGGACACCAGAAUCUAUGUGAUCGUAGGAUUUCACUACGAGGUGAUCGGCCUGCUCGUCGCCCUCCAAGACCUUGGCCUCUUCCAAAAUGGAGAAUAUUUCGUGCUGGGCGUGGACGUCGAGCACUACGACGUCGACAAGCCUCAAAAGUACACUAGGGGCCUUCUGAAGGACGUCCAGGAUUCAAAGGUUGACAAGGCGUUCAGGAACUACCUGGGAGUGGUCGCGAGUUCGCCGGCAACGCAGAUAACUGACAACUUCACGCAGCUCGUCAACUUUUACAUGGAGCAGCCACCAUUCAACUUCCCCAAUCCGCUCACCUAUCUCGGCGGCGUCAAAAAGUUGCGGCCAGAGGCAGCUUACUUGUACGACGCAGUGAUGCUCUACGCAAAGGCAUUGGGCGACGUGCUCGACGGCGGCGGCGACCCGCGCAACGGCACCGCCAUCGUCGAGUCCAUCAAGGGCCGCACCUACGUCAGCGCCAUGGGAUAUGUUGGUCGAAUGGACGAGAAUGCAGACGCGGAGGGAAACUACACACUGCUAACGCGUAGGCCGCACAACAGAACAGCCAACGAUUACGGCCUUUACCCGGCAGGAACCUUUCUUCUCAGCGGUGGUGGAUGGCCUGACUUACAUUUAACAUCAAAGAUCGAGUGGCCGCUGGGGAGGCCACCACUCGCCGAGCCAGAGUGUGGAUUCCGAGGCGAAAAAUGCGUCACACACACAACAGAAAUCGUUUCUGGCAUUAUGGGUGGCGCGGUGCUGGUGGUUGUGGUGGUGGCUCUCGUACUCUACCGCAACUGGCGAUAUGAACAGGAGCUGGACAGUCUGCUGUGGAAGCUCGACUACAACCAGAUCCAGAUGGCGGCCGACGCCGACAACGACAAGAGCAACAACAACGGCAGCUUAACACCCAACGGCAACGCAAAGUCCAUCACUAACAAGCAGCAGCAUCCGUUAGUUCGCACAUCACAGGUGUCGCUGAGCUCAAAUCCUGAGGCUGACUUCCGCUACUCGGCGCUUUACACGCCCGUCGGCCUCUACAAGGGACGCAUGUUUGCCAUCAAAAAAAUCAACCGUCGCCAGGUCGACAUCACCAGGAAGCUGAAGAAGGAGCUUAAGAUGCUUCGGGAUUUGCGGCACGACAACUUAAAUGCAUUCAUUGGAGCCUGCACGGACCCGCCGCACAUUUGCAUUGUUUCUGAAUACUGCGCACGAGGCAGUCUAAAGGACAUCAUUGAAAAUGAAGAUUUAAAACUGGACAACAUGUUUGUCGCCUCUCUAGUCGGAGAUAUAGUCAGGGGAAUGACGUUUUUGCACGACUCCCCAGUCAAGUCACAUGGCAACCUCAAGUCUGCCAAUUGUCUAGUCGAUAGUCGGUGGGUGCUCAAGAUUUCCGACUUUGGGCUGCACGAGCUCAAGCAGGACCCCGCCAUUCCCUCUUGGACCAGGUACAGAGACCAGGACGGCCGCUGGAUUGGCCAGGAUCUGACGUACCGAGCGCCAGAAUUGGUGCGGCUGAUGGCUCGCAGGGCGAGCGGCCACCCGUGCCUCUGGCUGGAAAGCAGCGUGGAAAACGGGCUGGAGGACGGGCCGGGGGUGGCCCUGGUGGCGGCCACCAAGCCGUGGAAGCAGGGGCCCAUGUGGAGUCCCGAGGAGGACGAGGUGGCCUCGCGAGGCACCCAAAAAGGUGACGUUUUCUCCUUCGCCAUCAUUUUCUACGAGAUGCACGCCCGGCAUGGCGCCUACGACGCCCUUGGACUCUCCAUGCACGACAUUAUCUCCAGGCUGGUCGCACACAAAUCCAUUCCUUUCAGGCCCCCACUUGAUGCUCUUGAUGGCAGUUUUGACUUCGUCAGGGAUCUGAUCAGGGACUGCUGGGCGGAAAACCCUGAGCUACGUCCGGAAUUUAAAUCGCUCAGGGCGAGACUGAGGCCCAUGCGCAAGGGCAUGAAACCAAACAUUUUCGACAACAUGAUGGCCAUGAUGGAAAAGUACGCCAACAACCUGGAGGCCCUGGUCGACGAGAGAACUGACCAGCUCGUCGAGGAGAAAAAGAAAACGGAGGCGCUGUUGUUUGAGAUGCUGCCAAGGUCAGUGGCCGAACAGCUCCGUAAAGGUCACAAGGUGCAGGCAGAGAGUUAUGAUGCGGUUACUAUUUACUUCAGUGACAUAGUUGGAUUCACUACUAUGUCUGCAGAAAGUACCCCACUACAGGUGGUCGACUUUCUGAACGAUCUGUACACCUGCUUCGACUCGAUCAUCGAGAACUACGACGUGUACAAAGUGGAGACGAUCGGCGACGCGUACAUGGUGGUCAGCGGGCUGCCCAUCCGCAACAAAGACGCCCACGCCGGGGAAAUCGCCAGCAUGUCACUGCACCUUUUGUCUGCGGUCAGGAAAUUUACCAUCAGACACCGACCUGGUGACACCCUGAAACUCAGAAUAGGCAUCCACUCAGGACCUGUUUGUGCAGGAGUUGUGGGGUUGAAAAUGCCCCGAUACUGCCUCUUUGGCGACACUGUCAACACGGCGUCACGGAUGGAAUCAACUGGCAUGCCGUUGAAGGUGCACUGCAGCGCCGAGUGCCGCGGGUUGUUGGAGCGUUUGGGCGGUUACGAUCUCUGCGAGCGUGGAGUGGUGUCCAUGAAGGGCAAGGGGGAGAGACUGACCUACUGGCUGAUUAGCGAAGACCCCAUGUUCGCAGCUGAGCGUAGGAGGCAGCGGAAGGAGCGCUGCUUCCACAACACCCUCGGGCCAAACGGAUCAACGCUAACAGACAUCCCUAGGAGCUCUUUGAAAAAAUCCAGAAGUCCUGUGAUGCGGAAUCACCAACUGGCGCGUGCCUCCAGCCUCGAGUCUCCAAAGCGUCUGCGUUUUGCACUCGGCUCCCUGGAACGGUGCAGUGAAGGCGAACGUGUUUGCGAGGCCGGCCGCCUGCCGACCGUGUUGGCCACCUCAACCGUGGCCGCCGCCUCCAUUCCGGCCAUCCGCCUGCCGCCCGACCAGCAGGUGUCGCCGUGCCACCCCCGGCGCCUCCACUCGGCCUCGCCCGCCUCCACCACCUCGUCCGCCUCCUGCCCCUGCAUCGAGGCGCUCAGGCUCAGCCCUGACCGCCAACCCCUCUGCUGGGCGCCCUCGCCAUUUUCUAGUCUGACAGCGUCGAGCGUGCCCCUGCUGCUGGGGUGCUCACCCCCGCCGCCGCCGCUGUCCCCGGAGGGGGAGCACCUCCUAGAUGACCAGCGGCUCGAUGACACGUACCCUGAGCCGCGUCAGGGCGUCCUCCUCAGCCUGACUGCGCCGAGGGUGGAGCCAAAGGCGCCCUCCAGGGUCUAGGCCGCCAAGGGGGAAAAGAAGUGCCUUCGACUUGACUGCACGUGUUGGAUCUCAGAAGAAAAAAGAAAAAAGGAGCUCGCUCAGUGUUGCGGAAAUCAAUGUCAAAUGUGUUAAAAGUGAGUGUUCCCAACAAAGAGUAUACUAAUUAUAUAUAUUAUAUCAUAUAUAGCCAUGUAAAUGUCAAUUUUCACGCGCGGUGUCUAUAUGAAGUUCCAAAGAGCGCUGAUAUAUAUUUAUUAUCAGUUUUACUUUUUUAAAUAUUUAGGUCUAAUUAUAUUUGAUCGAGUCAAUCUUCCACUAAGUAAGGAUAUUUUGUCAACUUGUGUCAUGCGCGGUUUGUGAUCUUUUUCUUUAAACCUUUGCUCUAAAGGGGAAGCGGUGCUAUUUAGGAAAAAUAUUUGUUUUUAAAAUUUAGGAAGUCACGUAGAUUCUGGAAAUAAAAUUCAUUGUGAAAUUCGCA